AUGAUUCUGCAAGCCACUGCACACACUCACAAAUUCCUGGAAGCCAGAGACUACCGGAGUCCCGAUGAUGCCUAUGAGACUCCUUUCCAGCUGGCAUACCGCACGAAGCUACAUUACUUUGAGUGGCUGGCACAGAACCAGCAACACGCCUUCAACACGGGCGAGCAGUGGUACGACUUAUACCCUUUCGAAGAACGACUGGGCAAGGAUGCAGACCGCGUGCUCCUAGUCGACAUUGGCGGCGGUAAGGGCCACGACAUCGCGCGUUUCAAGGAGAAGAUGAACCUCGCCGGUCGUCUGAUCGUGCAGGACCCGCCCGAGGUCAUAUCGGAUAUCCAGCCUCCUCUUGCGCAGGGUAUCGAGGCCCUGACCUACAGUUGGUUCGACGUGCAGCCUGUUGAGGGUGCUAAAGCCUACUACAUGCGUACCGUGCUGCACGAUUGGCCCGAUAAGCAAGCUCUACAGCCUCUGCAGCGUAUCCGUGAUGCCAUGGCGGAGGAUUCGGUUCUCUUGAUCAACGAGAAUACCCUGCUUGAGACUGGCAUCCCCAAGUUCAACACCAGCGUUGACCUCAUCAUGAUUACUACGUUUUCAUCUCCAGAGCGCACGGACAAGCAGUGGCUGAGUCCUCUGGAGCGUGCUCAAUUCAAGGUUGUUAAGGUGUGGCGGGCAGAUGACCAGGGAGCGGGAGCAAAUGCUUUAUUUGAGGCAGUCCCUGUUCAGAUUAAAACUUCUAGAUAG